AUGCCACCGCAUUGUCCCCCGCGACGCAAAUAUACGCUGCGCCCAGCACGUGGUGCGGUGCACGUGGAUUCCGCGAGGGAACUGUUUGCCACACGACUGGGCCGCACGGGGCGCAGCCUGCGAAGGCAGCCGCAGACACCUCCGCUUCCUUCAGUCGCCGUGGCGGUGGAACCCGCAGCUUCUCAGCGUGCCGGCGGCGUCGGCUUUGCUGUCACGUGGAAGGGCGGGCCCCGGCAGAAAUGCAGCAGCAUAUUCCCCUCUGCAAGAGCGGAAGCGGCGGCCUCACUCUGCGGUUACCGCGCCACCCAGUGA